GGCACGCGUAGUGAUCAAUAUGUCCACGUGAUCUGUCUGUCGUCAGUCGACUCACGUAAUUGCAAAUGCAAAAUGUCGAGGACGGAAACGUUUGUGUUACUAUGAAAUCAUAAUAUUUUGUUGUUUAAUGUGUAGAUUUAUAGUUUUGAAAUGCCUGCAUCAAUUGGUGUUAAUUUACGUGUAACUGGCCAUUGUAGCCAAGGCGGGAGAAAGUAUAUGGAAGACUUGUUUUCUGUUGCUUAUCAACAAACGGAAGAUGAGAGGGACUUGGAGUACGCUUUCUUUGGGAUUUAUGAUGGACACGGUGGAAGCGAAGCAGCAGCAUUUGCUAAGGAGCACUUGAUGGAUUCAAUAGUGAAGCAAAGACAGUUUUGGUCUGAUAAUGACGAGGACGUGCUGAAAGCUAUUCGGAAUGGUUACAUGUUGACCCAUUUGAACAUGUGGAAAGAACUAGAAAAAUGGCCAAAGACAGUGACUGGUUUGCCCAGUACCGCUGGCACUACGGCGAGUGUAGCAUUCAUACGCAGAGGCAAGAUAUAUGUUGGGCAUGUCGGGGACUCUGCCAUUGUACUUGGUUACCAAAAGGAUGGCUCUGAAGAAUGGGCCGCUAAGCCUCUAACAUCAGACCACAAACCAGAAUCUACAGCAGAAAUAGAAAGAAUUCAACGAUGUGGGGGUAAAGUCAUAUCAAAGGCGGGUGUGCCUCGGGUUGUAUGGAACAGACCGCGGAUAGGCCACAAGGGGCCUAUAAAGAAGAACACGCCAAUGGAUGAGAUACCUUUCUUGGCUGUGGCCAGGUCGUUGGGUGAUCUUUGGAGCUACAACCCAAAUAAUGACGAGUUUAUUGUCAGCCCAGAUCCAGAUGUUGGUGUUCUGACAAUUGACCCGACGAAAUUUAGGUGUCUAAUAUUCGGGACAGAUGGCCUAUGGAACAUGAUAUCUCCGGAAGGUGCAGUGAGUCUUGUGCAAGCAACUGAGCGUCAUAAUGAAGCUGCAUUAGUAGGGGGCAACAGCAGUCAGCCCAGGGACUGGCUGAACCCUUCAAAGAGUUUGGUUGAUCAUGCAUUGGAGAGGUGGUCAAAUACGCGAAUGCGUGCAGACAACACUUCAGUAGUGACUCUCAUGCUGGACCCUCCCGGACCUCCUCGGGCUACAGUAUUGCGCUCCAGAACUGCAUCCCACAAGCCUCAGUCCUCUGUCAGCCCCGCCCCACUACCGGCCGCCCCCAAGAUUGAGGAAACAAAGCAGGAGACUACUGAAGCAGAAAGUCAAAAAGUCCCGCAAAACGGCUUGACUAUCAUGACUCGCUACUCUGAUGUCGAUAGACCCACACCUUCAGCCGAUACACCAGAACGGGCGCCGCUCCCGCCUUGUGCGACGCUCGAUGGCAGAUUAUCUGUCGCCCCUCAAGAGGAGACUACGAAGGGAACGGAGGAAUCUGCCGAUAGUGACACAAUAACAACCUAUGGCAAUCCCGCCGAGUCUUACUUCAUGGCGCGUCUUCUUAAUCGCACGCGCGUCGUGAACACGCUCGCCGACGUCUACGAGGAAAUAGCUAGCAAUCCCGAAACAGCGCACGAGUCCUCACCUCCGCCGGUCACCGUCGUGCCGGACGUCGCCGGGGACUCCGCGGCUGAGCUCACCCACACGUCCGACAUCGCCGCCGGGCCCGGGGCCGGCGGAGACGCGGCCGCCGGUGCUGGCGACGACGCGGCGGCCGGGCCCGACGACGGCGGCAUUCAGAUCAACGAGGUGUCCUCCAGCUCGCCGACCGACGCGCCGCCGCGGCCCCGGGGGCGGCGUCCUCGCGGGGACGUGCGGAAAGACGUCGCCGCGACCAACGACCGCGUGCUGCGCUCCCAUCACGAGGAGACCCAGCAGCGGCCGCACACGCGGCAGGCGACCCGCGGCCGGCCCGCCGCGCCCGCGCUCGACCGCGUCGUUAUCCUCAGCCGCCGCGCGCCAUCGCUGUCGCCGUCCGCCGCGGGCGCCGAGCCCCGCCCCGCGCCGCGCCGCGCGCCGCACGCCGAGCCGCCGCCCGCGCCCAGCCUCGACGACGGGCGGCGGGGGCGCGGCGCGCGGCGGCGGGUGUUCCCCGCGCCCCCGCCCGCGCCCGCCGCCGCGCUCGCGCAGAAGGUGACGCGCGGCUUCAGCGCCCGGGACGAGCGGCCGCGCGCGGGAAACUCGGCGCGCGCCCCGGGGCCGGCGCGGGGCUCCCCGGCGGCGCGCCCCGCCCGCGCUGAGCGCUGCAAGGAGAACCUGGCGCGGGCGCGCGCUCGGCGCGACGAGCACGAGGUGCACUCGACGACGGCGGAGGCGUGCGCGGCGCCCCCGGAGCGGCCGCGCGCGCUGCGCUCGCGCAACGGCGCCGCCUCCCCGCCCCGCCCGCCGGCCGCCAAGCGCGCGCGCAGCUCGUCGCCCAGCAAGCCGCCGCCCGAGCGCCUGUCGCGCGCGCUGGGCAAGCGCGCGUCGGGCCCGUGGGCGCCGGCGCUGGCGCUGCGCAACCGCCUGCGCCGCCGCCUCGCCAAGUAGCGGCCUCUAGUUAAGUAGUGUAAUUGUGGUUACCUGUGAGCGUGCGGGGACAACGGUGCCUUCUAGUACUGCCAAAGUACUGUUUGACGUUUCAUAUUUUAUCGGUCCGAGUCGUGCGCGAGAUCCAAAGAUGACCGCGUUGUGUACGGUUAAAUUCUAUUGUUGAUUUUUUGUUUGUGUCGCCCGCUCCGACCCCGACAUAGAGUUAAGUAGAUUCCCUUUAGUUUUCUGACUGCAUGUAGACCUCCUUUAAUAAUGUUUUUAUAUCUGAUAUAGAAUAUGUAUAUCUUUACGCGUCCGUUCCGGGCCGCGGUCCGAUAUAAACAAUAGUACAAAUGGUAUAUUGUAUAUUUAACGAGUAAGUUUAACAUGUGGACCAGGCAGAUUAAAUAAGCCCUAUAGAUAUUUAUUUAACUAUACUUAUAGCUAUUAUCUUAUUGCAUUUAACUUUAGACAGAUAUGAAAAUGUAAUUUUCACUAAUAUGGAAUCCAGAGGCUACAGAUAGCGACUUUCAUAUAUAUUUUUCUUAUGAUAUAAAAUACAAAUUUUACAGUUUAUAGUGACUUGUAAGAAUUGAGAUCUUGUUACAACAAUCUUUAUUAGGGAUUAAUUGCGGAUACUUUUACCAAGAGUGCUUUUCUCAAAAACCUUAAAUUAAGAGUGCUAAAUAUAGUUUUAUAUUAUGAAUAUACUGUACAGAAACAUUUUGAAUAGGAUUCACCAAAACUGUCUUUAAAAGUUGUGCAAAAUUUAUUAGAAAUAGAAAUAAAGAGUUAUUCUUUUUGGAAAAGAAUUAUUUAUACUUCCUCAAAGCUUUAUUGGAUAUUGUGUAAAAUAUAAAUAUUGACCGAAAUACAUAUUUAGUUUAUGGCACAAAAACUGUUGGCAUAUCUAUCAGUUUGUAUAUUUUCAUGUCUCGAAGCAGAGGACCUGUAACUUUUUGUAACUUAGACAAUGUUAUGUUUUGUAUUUUCUUCCUAUUUCGCUAUUCGUAGCGAUAAAUGACGCCUUGAAUUAUGUUUUAUUAAUGUGAUUAUGAAACCAUUGAUUUAAAAAACCAAAUGAAAGGUUAGCCCAGUUGCAAUUGUUAAAUAAAUAGGGACUGGACCCACUUGGUUGUGUUGUUUUUAUACACUUUUUUAAGCAUCAUCAAUACCUGCAUCUUUUAAUACCUUAGUCUCAUUUUUGCGUGUUCUCAGUAGCACCUUCCGCCACUAUACUAUAGGGCCUGGGGUUUUCUGCUGAUUAUCAAUUUAAAGUUGAUUGUAAAAUAAGAAGUUAUUGUUUUUAAAUUGUACCCCAUAUUAGAGUUUUAAUUUACUUAACUUUCAACUAAAUAAUCAUCACGUGCCACUACAUAUUAUAAAGCAACUCUAUUUUUUGUAUAUAUGCCCUAAUCUCGAAAAGUUGUGGACGGAUUUUGUUCCUUUCAGAAAGACCGUUUUCGGAGGAAGGUAAAAUUUAACCUAUAUAGAUAUAAAUCUAUAAAUGUUACCCGUGCGAAGACGGGGCGGGUUGCUAGUAUAUUAUAAAAUCCAAGUGAGGUCCAUCCCAUUAUCUGUAAAGUUUAAAAAGUGAAACACGUGAAUAAACAAAUAUUCACAUAUAAGUACCUAAGAAUGGACUGAAGAUAUAGUAAUGAUAGCGUUAUCAGUCCGAUGUACAUAAUGUACAUGUCCUAACAGGACAUAAAUAUAUAAUAAUGUGCCUCGUUUGUUACCGAAAACAUAGGUAGUGUUCUUUGAUAAAUGAGAAAUGUAUUUUUUAUCAAAAAAUAAAAUAAAAUUUAUCGCAUUGUAAUUAAGCUGUAAAAGAGUUAAUAUAAAUUGUUAAUUAUAAAAUUGAAAAUUCUGUCAUUUAUAUCUGGAGUAAUAUUGAUUGGCGCGGGCUUUUUGUCGUUUGUUUUUUUUAGAACGACCAUGGGAAUAAUAAUAUACUUAUUUGUUUUUUUUUUUGUAUUUUCCUAAAAAUGGAACUCAGAAUGACAGUGAAUACGCAUAAGUUUAUUGUUGCAUUAAGUCUCGUUUGAAGUUCGUUAAAUGUUGACUAAAAAAACGGAAUUUUUUGCCAUGGUUUUAUUUUGGAGAAGUAUUACAAUCGCUAAGCGAUGGCGUGAUAUUGACAUACACUUCAUAAUUAUUAUAUCCCAGCAGAUGACAAAUAAUUCGUUUCUUUGCUAUAUAAAUGCAUUAUCAAGCAUUAGGAAAGAUCAAUUUUAUGCUCAAAAUGAUAAAAAGAUGAAUUUAUGCAUCUAACGGGUAAAAUAAUUGUGUUCAGUGUUAUGGUGCGUUAAUUUUUAUCUAAUUACUGGUAACCAGAUAUAAGUGGUAGGUAUUUUUUGAGUGGGAUGUUUAUAAUAUCAAGAGGGUAAUGUUGCCUUGAGAUCGCGUAAGGGACGCGGCGAAGACGAGAUGCUAAACAAAUUUAUAACUAUACAUAUUAAUUUUAAAGUAAAGGAUUAUUGUAGAUUUUAUUUUUUGAUUUAAAUAAAGUUUGUAUGAAAUAUAA